CACUGUCGCGAAAUCGUUUGACUGGAAGCUGUUGGAAGUGUAAUUCACAACCGAAUAGAAUUUAUGACCGAACCAGAAUGAAGAGACCGUCUUCCCUCCAUGUGGGAGCCUUGAUAGUCAUGCUGGCGCAUGCGCACAGCAGCUCAUGCUCAACUCAAAGUGUAUCCUGCACCUCGACCAACCGCUGUGUCAGGCCGGCCUGGUACAACGAGACCUGGCGAACAAAUAGUCUGGACGAGUUACUGGACGUCAUGGUCAAUUGCUAUGACAACAGAGUGCGACCUACAUAUCCAGAUAAUGGUCCAGUGCAUAUUCAAGUGGACUUGUUCAUCCAGUCGGUUUCCAAAUUCUCAGUUAUAAACAUGGAGUAUAGUAUGACGUUAUACAUGCGCCAGCGGUGGCUUGACCCGAGAUUGGCGUAUGGUGAUAUGUUCCCUGAAGAUUUCAUCACUCUUGGCCAGGAUAUGGUGAGCCAAAUAUGGACCCCCGACACUUACAUCGUGAACAAGAAACAAUCUAUGACCAAUUCAGGCCAAGGGAUGAGCAUGUUUAUACGGAUCUCAAGGAACGGAUCUGUCAUCUUCUCCGCUGAGAAAACGUUGGUCAUUGUUUGCCAGAUGGAUCUAAGAAACUUCCCGAUGGAUGAGCAGCAGUGCGAUUUCAAGAUUGAGAGUUAUGGUUUUACCAUGAAGGAUGUUGUGUACAAAUGGCUGGACGACCCCAAGCAGAAAACUAUAGAGACGGCCGAGGGACUAGACGCCACGGAAUUUAGCAUUGUCUCCCUUAAGCCUAUGGAGAACAUAAGUGUGUUCAACCUAGGGAAUUUCUCAAGCUUGACCAUGCGGAUAUAUUUGGACAGAAGGACAACUUAUUACGUCAUACAGAUUUACAUUCCUUGCAGUAUGAUAGUUAUGCUUUCAUGGAUUUCAUUCUGGCUCGAUUACAAAUCGGUGCCUGCUCGGACAGCCCUCGGAAUCACGACCGUAUUGGCGAUGACGACUCUUUUGUUCGGUAUCCAGUCGUCCCUUCCCGGCGUGCCGUACAUUAAGGCGGUUGAUCAGUUUCUCAUCGUCUCGUUCGCGUGUGUCUUCGUUGCGUUGAUCGAGUUUGCCGUCGUGAACUUUAUCAGUUCGUACGAUGAGUCACAUGAUGACGUCACACUCAAGAAAUAUUCUAAAUACGACAUGUCUGAAGCUUUUACUGUUCAGUUUCAUAACGAGGCUUACUGUGGUGAAGAAAACGGUAGUCAUAGCAACGCCACAGCAUCCACAACGACACCUCACCAAAACGCAGCAGCCAAUGGUGAUGUCAACACAGGAAGACCAAAAAGAAGAAAGAAAGAGAAACAUGCGCCGAAAUGCGGCUCGGUCCACGCGCUGACGAUAGACAGAUAUUCACGGGUGGCGUUCCCUCUCGGCUACACCAUUUAUGUUAUUAUCUAUUUCGUAAGACAAGGAGCCUUGUCGUGAUGUCAGCAAUUCUUUAUCACUUAUUACGGAAGUAUAUAUAUAAAUUUAAGCAAAAAUUUAUCGCAAGACGACUUCCCAGCAGUCAACGCGAGCCUAGGUAAGACAACAGGGCUCCUUGUAGCGGAGCUCCCAUACCUAAGAAAAAGUGGUAUACAAAACAAAUAUUGGUAAGUGUCGCGAUGUCCGUCGUCCGUCCGCAUGUCAAAAAGGAAGAGACAGCGAUCUUCAUAUCAAUCAAUGGCUGUCGUUUUUUUUUCUAAAUGGUCUAAAAGAGCCUGGGGCGAGCGCGCGGGAGACCUGUGCUAUUUUAAGACGUUAGAUACUAGGCUCCAUAUCCAAGUUGACUACCAACAAGAUCGUAUUAAACACGAAUUACUGCAAGUUUACGUGGAAAUUUUCGACUAACAAAGCUCUGGAGCGAGAAAAAAGUGAAAUUGAAUCGAAAGCGGAUUCUUAAAUAUGGUAUGUAAUGCCCAAUAAGAAAAUGACCGAGCGAGCUAGAAAAACGACAGUUUUUAAAACAAGAUUGAUUGCUUCUUGGGCCUAUUUUGCCGUGUUGUCUUCUCCUCAACCCGUAGCAGGUGCUUGGGGCACGUGUCCUCGUCAAUAUGUAAAGAGACAAGCGUGAUUCUGCUCUAUAACACCUGAGUUAUAGUAGUACAGGGCCGUAGCAGGGGUGGGGCACUGGGGGCAUGUGCCCCCCUUCCAAUAUUUAAAAAAUAUAUAUAUAAGGAAAUGACCAGUAGGGGCGUGGCUGUGCCCCCCCUAAUAUUUUCUUUGUUUCUUUAUUGUGCCUCCCCCACACCCCCCAGUCUUGCGUGGCCUGCUACGGCUUUGCUAUAAAAAGGGAUCACGGACAUGAAAAUCUCAGGGCAAACAGGGUUCUCGGUAGAAAGGAAUGCCAUUUCGUUUGUGCUAAGAGUCAUUUUUAUCAGAAUGUCUCAAAGUAGAUGGAAUCCAUUUUUUAAUCUUUAUUUUUAAUUCACGUGGUUAUAUAAAAUGUUUUAUGUUCAAAUUGAACGAAAGUGCACAAAUAUAUAAUCAUUUUCUAACUA